AUGGCUGGCAGUGACGAACCCCUCGAUUCUACCAACAAUUCGGCCCCCGAUCUGCAAAUUCUGGGCGAUGAAAUCACUCUACAACCGGGUGGCUACCUCGAGCCGGAGAAGGGCGCAGUUGAAGGGAAAGAAGAGGCAUUGAUGAACCAAUUUGCCUCGUUCCGGUCCGAGCCAUUACAAUUUCUUCGAGAGGUCUCUCUUUAUGUUUCCGGCCAGGGAUGGCGUGCGUACGACAAUGUCAUCGGACAACCCGUCUACUACCCCGGAUUCACCCAGAAUAUGACUUCCAUGGUCAUGUCCGCGCCGCUCCUCCAGAAACGCAUCUCGCAGCUUGCAGAGAGCCGCGUUGCCGUCGAGGAAAAUGAAGGAUUGCUCAACAAAGGGGACAAAGACUAUGCGACGAAGCGCGCACAACGUCGCGUGGCUCUUGAGAACUCGUUGCAAGAGGUUGCUGAAAAGCUGACGGACGACAUGAUUUGCAAAAUGGAGAGCAAGACAUUCAUCCGCGGUGCCUACUACAUGGUAACCCAGCUGCUGACAAGAGCCUAUCACCAGGGCAUCCAUGUCUCCAGUGAGGAGGUCCUGCGUUUGCGCAAGGUGGCUGAUCUUGCCGCCAAGAAGAAGCAAAGCAUUGUUUUCCUGCCCAGUCACCGAUCGCACGUCGAUUAUGUCAGUCUCCAGCUAAUCUGCUACCGUCUUGGCUUGACUCUGCCCGUGGUGGUGGCUGGUGAUAACCUCAACUUCCCUGUUGUUGGAAACUUUCUGCAGCAUGCGGGCGCCAUGUGGAUCCGUCGCUCCUUUGGUGACGACGCUCUUUACUCGACCUUGGUUCAGUCAUACAUUGACACAUUACUUCAGCAGGGCUAUAAUUUCGAAUGCUUCAUAGAAGGAGGCCGAUCGCGCACUGGAAAGCUGCUGCCGCCCAAGUUCGGUAUUUUGAGUUUCGUCCUCGACUCAAUCCUGUCAGGUCGCGUCGAAGAUACGAUUAUUUGCCCCGUUAGCACACAGUACGACAAGGUUAUUGAGACCGAGGGCUACGUCACCGAGCUGCUGGGUGUUCCCAAGAAGAAAGAAAACCUCGCCGACUUUCUAUCAGGAGGCUCUUCUGUGCUGUCUCUGAAGCUCGGCCGUGUUGACGUGAGAUUCCACGAACCCUGGAGCCUACGAAAGUUCAUUGAUGAGCAGCUCACAAGGAUCCCUAAUGUUCCUCGUGGCUUGGACACAGACCAUCGCAACCCAGCCGUACGGGCAGUUCGUGAAAAGAUCCUGCGAACUCUCGGCUACAAGGUGCUUGGAGACAUCAACGCCGUCUCCGUCGUCAUGCCUACUGCACUCAUCGGCACCGUCUUACUCACCCUCCGCGGCCGUGGUGUUGGUAAGCAAGAACUGAUCCGUCGUGUUGAGUGGCUCACGGCACGAGUUCGCGCCAAGGGCGGUCGUGUCGCGCACUUUGGGAACGCACCACUCUCGGAGAUUGUCGACCGCGGCCUGGAAGUUCUUGGCAAAGACCUCGUAGGCGUUGUUGACGGGCUUGCUGAGCCCACCUACUAUGCUGUCGAUCGCUUCCAGCUUUCUUUCUAUCGCAACAUGACCAUUCAUUUGUUCAUUUACGAAGCUCUUGUCAGCGCAGCCAUGUACACGCGUGUAAAGCGUGGUGGAGGGCCGUCGAUGCAAGUGAUCGACUUUGAAGAACUAAAGUCGACAGUCUUCUUCCUAUCGUCGCUUUUCCGUGGAGAAUUCAUCUUUGGCAGUGCAGGCCUCGAUGCCAACUUGGAGAAGACGCUCAAGGGGCUCGAGGCUGACCGCAUCGUGAAAUUGGUAAAGGAUGAGAAAGGCAAUGUUGUUCAGGUCGGACUUUCAGACGAUGAACGAAGAGCAGGACGCGAGAACUAUGAUUUCUACUGCUUCCUUAUCUGGCCCUUUAUUGAGGCCAGCUGGUUAGCUGCCGUGUCUUUGAUGGGACUGAGCCCGUCUGGUGAUACCACCGAAGUCUGGGUUGAACAGUCCAAAGCGCAGAAUAGUGCUCAGCUUCUCGGAAAAACUCUCUAUCACCAAGGUGAUCUUUCAUAUUUCGAAGCCGUAAACAAGGAGACGCUCAAGAACUCGUACACCCGGUUCGAAGAGGACCAGAUGGUUCACGUUGUCAAAGCAAAGGACUCCAAGAUCCCGCCCCGCAUGCAGCUCGAUCCAUCCUGGAGACCGCCGCGAGACCCCGAAACCGGUGCUUUGCUAGCAGAGGGGAAACUCUGGGACUUUACAGAGAAGAUUGCCAGCUGCCGCCGAGAGGGUAAGAACCGGAGAGACGGUGCCACCGUUAGCAGUCGUGUGCUGCGUCUCACAGACGAGCUCGGCCGUCAGCUGUUCGAGCAAGCUGCAGAGGGCGCCAAAGCCGGCAAGCAAAAGAUCCCCAAUCGUCUGAGCCGGGAGGAAGAGGAAACGUUAAACAAGACCGUUGGAGAGGCGCGUCGCCGCAGGAAGAUGCGUGGCAAGCCAAACCUGUGA